AUCUGGAGGGAAAUAGUGUUCCUUUGCCUGGGAAGGGAGGAAUUUGCAUGCUUCUAAUGACCCCUCCCCUCGGGCUAUAAGAACUGCCUGAGUUCUGGCGCUGCUGACCAUCUGUGUUUGGGUCAGAGUACCACACGGAGAUAUAUAAGCAUUACGCAUAAACAGCAUAAGUGAAACUAAUAAGAAAACAAUCAUUGCACAUAUUUAUGUUGUUUGAGGGGAUCGUGGAUGUGUAAUGCUGUCCUUUUAAGCCUAUUGGAUGUAGUCUAAGAGGAUUCUAUUAUUUCUGAUAUAUUCCAUCGGAAAUCAUACUAUUUCGAUGAUGACUUUCGCUAUGAUGAGGCCUAUGGCGACCCACCUUAUUUAUCCUGACCUGGUGAUGUCCGAGGAUGAGGACAACCGCAGCGAGAGUGACGGCAGUUCGGAGCAAAGCUAUGGAUGCUGCGUCGGUUCCAAUCAGCGCCGGACGCUCACCGGUUUGUCCGGGGUCGGCGGGCUGGUACUCGUCAAGCAGCGGAACGCUGCCAACGCCCGGGAGCGGGACCGGACGCAAAACGUGAACACCGCCUUCACGGCCCUGCGAACUCUCAUACCCACGGAGCCGGUGGACAGAAAGCUCUCCAAGAUCGAAACUCUCCGUUUGGCAUCAAGCUACAUCUCGCAUCUAGCGAACGUCCUGCUGCUCGGUGACGGUAACGCAGACGGGCAGCCCUGUCUGAACGCGAUGUACACCGCGUCUGGAGACAGUAAUGUAAAGCAGCCUAGGGCGAUAUGCACCUUCUGUCUCAGCAACCAAAGAAAAGGGGCGAAAGACGGGCGAGAAUGCUUAAAGGUGCGCGGGGUCAAUCCACUGCGGGUGAGCCGUAGAUAAACGCUGCCCUAACCGGCAGGAGACAUGAUCGAGUCCCAGGACUCAGGGAG